AAUGAAGGCAAUUAAACUAUAAAAAGAUCUUGUACAUUCGACGUUUCUUCAGUUUUCCUUAAAAAUAUUUCAAGAACCUUCUUUAUUUAAAAUCGAUAUAUCUUAGAGAAAAAUGAAAACGUUUGUGAUUAUUUCUGCUAUUUGCGUUUGCGUUGGUGCAUUGACACUUGAAGAAUUUCAAAUCGGGCUACGUGCUGUGGUGCCAAUUUGCAGGAUAGAAACUAGCAUUGAUCAACAAAAAGAAGAUGAUUUUCGUGACGGCAACAUUGAUGUAGAAGAUGAGAAAGUUCAAUUGUUUUCUGAAUGUUUAAUAAAAAAGUUCAAUGGCUAUGACGAUGGUGGAAAUUUUAACGAAGUUGUGAUCAGAGAGAUAGCGGAAAUAUUUUUAGAUGAAAAUGGAGUUAAUAAAUUAAUCACCGAAUGUUCGGCUAUCUCUGAUGCUGACUUAGCUGUAAAAUCUGCUAAAUUAUUGAAGUGUAUUGGAAAAUAUAAAACAUUGAAAGAAAUGUUAAGUGGCUAAAUAUUCAACUAUCAAAAAAAGAAAAGAUUUAUUUGUAACACAAUAUUUUUUCUUUAUUUUAAAAUUGUUUUAAUUAUACUUUGAUUAUAAUUAUAUUAAUUAUACUUUAUUAUUAUACUUUUAACUAUUAUAUUAUUAAUUAACUUUUAACUUUGAAAAUAUUUAAAGAAUUAUAUCAAUAAAUUAAUAUAUGAUUAC